AUGUCUCUGGCAAAGAUCCCGUUGAUUCUAUCUUGGUGCUUGUGCAUCCCGAUAGGGUACCUCCUCCCUCCGAACCCGGCUCCACAACCCAAUGAACGAACGAAGCGCAGCGGAACGGAAUCGUACUUUGCCCACUUGGUUGGGAACGGGAUGAUCAUCUUCCUGACAGUCACCUGGGCUCCCUCCUUAUGCGAGACUGCUGCGAUCCUUUGCACGCUUUUGCCCCAGUCCGCGCUCACCCGCGCGAUCUCGCGCAAGCUCCUAUUUUGGCCCUCGACGAUGUCACCAUCUGCCAUCCACGUUAGCCCACUAUAUCUCCUUGCAUGGGUACUCCUAGUCGCAGGAGCGGCGCUGCGCCUGCAUUGCUACCGCGCGCUUGGACGGCACUUCACGUUUCAAUUGGGUAUACACAAGGAUCAUGAGCUUAUCACUUCCGGGCCAUACAACAUCGUGCGCCAUCCUUCCUACACCGCCGCGCUCAUGGGAUACACCAGCGUGACCUUGGUCCUCUUCGUCGCUCGCGGAGGCUGGUUGACGGAGUGCGUGCUGCCGUAUUCUUUGCGAGUACACCCGAUCAUCACCAGGCUUGUCUUGGGUAUGUGGGCAAUGUUCUACACCGCCAACGUGAUAGGGAUAUUUGGAAGGGUGCGGAAGGAGGACGAGCUGCUCCGCGGUACAUUCAAAGAACAAUGGGAAGCUUGGGCGAAGGAUGUUCCUCAUCGUUUAGUGCCUGGCGUCUAUUAG